AUUUUCAAUUAUUAAUAACUAAUUAAAUAAUUAAUUAAUAAAGUGUGCAAUUAUAGAUUUUAAAUGUGCAGUUAGUGAACAAUUAAGAGUACUUAUUAAUUUUUGUCUGCUGUUGAGGUUCUAUGCCAACUUUUCUGUGCUUGCAUGUGUGCAUAUGUGCAUUAUUCUGCCAUCUUCAGUAAGUGCAUCGAAUCGAUUAUUAUAACCGUUUUUUAUGCCCUAUUCAAAAUUCUUGAAAUAGGUAUAAUCGAUUUUGAAGCGGUAAGGCAGUGGUCUUUUGUGCGUAUCUUUCAUUAAUUACACCUUCCCUUUUGAUAAAGAUAUUCUUAUUUUGAAAAGAAAACAUGGAGUCUGCCAUCGUACAUCUUGAACAAAGCGUUCAAAAGGCUGAUGGAAAAUUAGAUAUGAUUGCUUGGCAAAUAGAUGCUUUUGAGAAAGAAUUUGAAGAUCCAGAUAACGAGAUAUCAGUAGUUCGCUUGUUACGCUCUGUCCAUCAAGUUACUAAAGAUUAUCAAAACCUUCGCCAAGAAAUUUCAGAGGUUCAACAGUUGCAAAAACAACUUUCCGAUUCGCUUAAGGCUCAACUAACUCAAGUGCACGGUAAUUUCAAUUUACUUCGUAAUAAAUUAGUAGGACAAAAGACGCCUCAGUUAAAAUAAGAAAGAAACAUUCUUAAACAAUUAUUGUUUAUUUAUUAUUUCUAUUAGAUUCUAUGUUAUGCAUUUUUCAAGUUGUCUUACUUAACAUAGGAUUGAAUUUCAGAAUUUCUUAUAUUCGUUCAUAUAUUACAGCUUUGUAAUAUAUAAAGUAUUAUUAUAUCAAUGAGUAAUCCAUUCGUUGAAAAAUCUAAGUCAACAUAUUCAUGAUUAGAAGAAUAAAAGUGACAUGAAUUACUUUUAUUUGUGUUAAAUCCAAACGUUACAUUUCUUAUCAUUUUCAAUUUGUCUAUCUACAUAUCACUUUUAUUCUCAACGUUUCCUAUAAUGAAUAAUGAAAAUACGAAAUAUAAAAAAAUAUAGAAAUUUCUUAAUCUAACAAGUCGAACAAACUUCUUUUUGAAUCUUCUACUUAAAUCUCAAUAAUUGUUUUACGAAUAAGAUGGGAUCAAGUGUUUUACUGACAAAUAAAUGAUGAAAUAUGUGUCAUAAAUUAAUGGCACCGGGGCCAAUCUAUAUGCUCGCGCAUUCAACUUUGAAAGGUCUUUAAUAAAAUAUUAAUCAUAAUUCUCAUUUCUUUUGACAUAAUAAAUAUGUUAACAAUUACUAGUAUGUCAAAAAAAAAAAAAAAUAACAUAUUACUUUCUAUGCAUAAAACGAAGAAGAACACCCUAUGUAUUUAUAUUUCUCAAGAACUUAUAAGAAAUGCACUGAUUAAAUAUUCACUUUGAUAACACCAUUCUAUACUAUCUUUAUCUAGAUAAUAUUAACUAAACUAUAGAUUAUUCAUUAUAUUCAAUAAUACUUCCUCUUUCAAUUCCUUAAGAAAUGUGCAUUGAGAAUGAGUUUGAAACAAUAGGAUAAAAGUACGACUCGCAACGAGAAAAGAAAAAAAUAAGAGAGUUUUUGUACUAAAUCGUGAGAGAAAUAACAUUGCCUUACCAACAUAGUUGCGCAUUUAUCCAAGUACGUGUACUAUGUUAUAUAACGUGAAAUCUGUAUUAUUAUAUACACUAUGUAUGUACACUAUAUUUAUUGUAUAAGGUAUAUACGCAUGUUAUUUAUUGAUAUAAUCAAUAUGAUGAUACAGUACUUUUUAGUAUUCCAUCGUUAGAUUAUAUAUUAUAUCCUAGAGAAAAUGUUUUCAAUCGAGAUUUAUUAUAUAUUUCAUUAUUAUUGUUACUAUCAUUAUUGCAAACUAUUUUCUUUAAUUAGAAAUUGAAUUAAAUCAAUUAAAAAAUAUCCUUUCUAAUUAAAGUAACAACGUCUUAAUAAAUCUACUUCGUACUUUAUGUGAAAACUCCUAUAAGUCAAUAUAAAUAUCAAUAUAUUCAUUAAUUUUGGAAAUUAGAAAUUGAUAAUACUUAGAAUCUAUGAAAUCUUGACGAUUGUUUUAUAUCACACAAUUAGAAUGAUAAAAAUACUUAUUGUUACUGCAAAGUAGAAUAAAAAAAAAAACAAAAGACUAUAAAAUCAAUUUUUCUAUUAACUUUUUAAGCACUGCACAACACCACUAUAGUAACUUUCGUAGAUAUCAUCCUUUUGAAGUAUGAAUCGCUAUAGUCGUUUUCAUGGAUAUUGGCAUAGAGAAGAACAUUAGAGAACAUAGAGAUACAUUGUUAUAGAAAGUCCCGCAGUAACUAAAAGGUUAAUAUUAUCAACCAUGAAAAAUUGAAAUUAAUCAUUGUAACAUUAUUCAAUUACCGUAUAUAAAUUAAGAGAAAAAUGGUCUGGAACACAUUUAUAACGUGCCAAAACUUUGGUCAAUUAGUAAAGUAAUUUUUCCUUUACAAAGAAUAGAUGCAUAAAUCUAAUUCUAUUCUUUG